AGAGAGUGGUGAGAGAGAGCAAGGCCAUUGGGAAACCCUUUGUGAGAGAAAGGCAUAAAGGCAGCGGAGUGAAAAGAAAAGGGAAGCUCAUCUCUGUGUGUGUUUUGGUGAAGACGUCCACAAAAAAGGAAGAUGCUGUGGGUUGUGUUGGCAGCAGUGGUGGUGUUGGCAUCUGUCCUGCUCCUCCUCCGCCAGAGCAGUGGUUUUCUGGCGCUUCUCUGGCACGAUGUGGUCCAUCAGCGGCUCCUGAACUUCAUCACAGGACUAUCACGACCACAGCGCAUAUUGAAAGCAGUCCAGAAAAACGCCACUAAAGGAAACCCAGAGAGCGUCAUCUCCGCCAUUGACCACUAUUGCAGACACAGCGAAUGGGCCAUGAAUGUGGGAGACGAGAAAGGACUCAUACUGGAUUCAGUCGUGACUGAGGUGAAUCCCAGCACGGCUCUGGAGCUCGGCACAUACUGCGGAUACUCUACUGUUCGCAUCGCUCGCCUGCUCUCUCCUGGAGCGAAACUCAUCACACUCGAAUUCAACCCAGACUAUGCUGCUAUUGCACGUCAGAUCAUCGCCUAUGCUGGCCUUCAGGACAAGGUUAUUCUAGUUGAGGGACCCUCAGGUGACUUGAUCCCCAAAAUGAAGCAACAACAUGGAAUAAAAUCUUUCGAUUUUGUGUUUUUGGAUCACUGGAAAGACCGUUACGUUCCAGACACCAAACUUCUUGAGGACUGUGGUUUACUCAGAAAAGGCACCGUCCUUUUGGCAGAUAACGUCAUUUGUCCUGGAACUCCAGAGUAUCUGAAAUACGUAAGAAACGACCCACGCUAUGAAAGCCGAUACUUCAAGUCCAACCUGGAGUACACCAAAGUAGAAGACGGCCUGGAGAAAUCAGUCUUCUUAGGAUGAACAUCUCACUUCAUGAAGCUGAUGCAAUGAAUGGCUCUGUAAAACUGGGUUGACACCAGCAAAAGAGGAACAUGCAGAUUCCUCCAAAACGUUUGUGUCUCAAGAUGCCAAGUAUCAAACAAACUGAUCUCUUUGUCCUUAACACGCAGUCACAAUAAUCAACAUAUCGACUUAUCGUGCAAUACUUGGAGAUGACCUUAAUCAUUUUUACCAUUGAAAUAUAUAUUUACAAAUUACAAACAACAUUAAAGCCAUUAUAGCAAUGACAUUUACAUUCUACCUCAUCGGUGUCAAAGUUUAUAAUUGAACAUUUACCUAAUAGGACAUUUAAUAGUACAUAUAAGAAGACAUUUACCUAAUAUCAAAUUAUAGAAUCUAAAUAAUCUUAAGAAUGAGGUUAUUAUUAUAAGGUUAAGGUUAAAUAGUCAUUAUAUAAUCAGCGGCAUAAAAUGAUCAAGUUAAUAAUAUCGCUUAUUGACAAUAUAUUGCACAACAAAAAUCUCCCUUUACACCAUAUCUGCUGUGCUGUGUUUGAAGAUAUUUGAUAUGUUUUACAAAAUGAUGUGCCGAUAUCUUAUACAAUUCAAGAAAGAUUGUUUGAUAAAGCUGCAAAGCACUUCUUUUUCUAUUCAGUGUUUAUAAAAAAGCAUUCACUGCAAAUUAUUUAAUCAACUUGAGUUUAGCCCCUAACUGAGCCAAUUGAAAAUUGAAAAUAGUUUGUCAAGGUAAGUUCAGGUUUAGACAAAAUGUACUGAAAAACGUCCCACAUUCGGGGAAGUUAAACACUCAAUAGCGGAGUGUGUGAAUGUGCAAUUUAAAGUAGCACAUAAAAACGAGUGAUGGAAAAAUGCCCAAUUUGAAAUAAACAUCCCCUAAUUUCAUUUUAAAAGAAAGUUUUUACACUCACUUCAGUUUGGUUUUAAUCUUUUAUGAAACAGUGUUAAUUUCAAUAAUUUAAUAGGAGACAAAAAUGCAUUUGCUGAAUAAACACUGAUGUAGUAAAAAUUACUGGUAACACUUUAUUUUGAUGGUCCAUUUGAGUAUUAGACUGUCUGCUUAAUAUCUGUUGAUACUGCUCCUUUAACAGACAUUUAACUGACUAUAAGAAACUUUGCAAGUAUGUCAACUUUCCCUAAUCCUAACCUAACAGUCUACUUAUAAUCAAAUGAGAAUUCGUUGCAAUGUAACUUAAAUUCAACAAACGGACCAUCAAAAUAAAGUCUGACCAAAAACUCCCAUCUGACCAACCAGCCGUCUCCAUUAUGCCUGCAUUGUUUACUGUCGGUUGCUAGGUUACCAAUACUACAGUGAGCCACUCUAAAGGCCCGUACACACAAAGCAUGAUAACGAUAAAUAUAACCAGUGCUGGGCGUACUGUUAUACUGGGCGUACUGUCAGGAUACUGGAAUUCCGAUACCAAUUGGUACUGAAAUUUCCCGCUAACAUUUGAGUGCUGUUGGGCGCAUUCUUAAACAGCUCUGAUUUGCUAUUGUGUUCACAUGCUCAACAGAAAUUACUGUGAAUGGCCGUGAAGGUCAUUAGUUUACCGAACUCAUCGCUGUUACUCAGUGCUUCAUUUGUGAAUUGCGAGGUCCCGGAACAUCGUCGGUUGUCGCGGACGAUAGUGAAGAGCAGGGGGACGGGGGAUUUGUUUGUUUAAAUUCAGCCCAAAUAAAUUGUUUAAAACCACUUAACGUAAAAAAAUUGAGUAAAUCCAAGGAGUCAUCUUUGAAAUUUUUAUUUCAGUGUAUGUCUUUAUCAUUAUAUUUAUAGUGAUCAUGCUUGGUGUGAACGGGCCUAAACAACUUGAUGAAAACCCACUUAAUUCAUAAUUGGGAUUUUAGUAAUUUUUUAAAUAAUGAUGAAAAUUUAGCCUUGUUUAUCCACACAAUUACUUUGGCAUGACAGAAUCAGUGUAUAAAAUUAUGAAUGAACAAUCUAAUAUUCCUUCAGAAGACAUUAAACCUUUUUUCAUGGGAAAAUAAAGACUUUUCCAGAA